UUGUAGAAAGAAGGUGCAUGCUGCUGUCUCCUGUCUCAUCCAGUGGUUUGACACAGCACCUAGCCGGACCUGCCCACAGUGCAGAAUCCAGGUUGGCAGAAAACACAUCAUCCAUAAGCUGUUUUUUGAUGUUGCCCUGGAGGAGCAGGCAACGCCGGAUGCAGAGACCUUGCAGAAUGAACUGGACAAGGUGAAGGCUGAGCUGUCUGUGAAAGAGAAAGAAAAGCGGGAAUGCCAGGCAGUUGUGGAUGGGCUGAGGGACACUCUGGAUGUGCGCAAUGCCACAAUAGAGUCGCUCCAGAAGGUGCUGGGAGAGACAGAGAUGCUGUGCUCCUCUCUCAAGAAGCAGAUGAAAUUCCUGGAGCAGCAGCAGGAGGAUAACAGAAGUUCAAAGGAGGAGGCCCGCCGCCUGCGAAACAAGCUGAAGACCAUGGAGCGCAUUGAGCUGUUGCUUCAGAGCCAGCGCCCUGAAGUGGAGGAGAUGAUCAGAGACAUGGGAGUCGGGCAGGCAGCAGUGGAGCAGCUUGCGAUCUACUGUGUCUCGCUGAAAAAGGAAUAUGAAAACUUGAAGGAGGCUCGGAAGAUGUCUAGUGAGAUGACGGAGAAGCUGAAAAAGGAGCUGUUUUCUGUCAAUAGCAAGCUGCACAAAACAGUUUUAGACUUGGAGAAGACAGAGGAGGAGUUAAAAAGCACCCAGAAGGAUCUGAAGAAUGCGGACAAGGAGAUCUUGAGCUUGAAGAAGAAGAUAGACAUCCUGCAGGAUACUCUGAAGGUGCCAUCCGUAACCAGAGAGACACUCAGUCGACUAGUCUUUGAAAGCCCUGCUCCUGUGGAACUGCGGCACCCGAAGCUCCACCGCCCCGCCCACAGCGAGGAGAUCAAUCUAGAUGCUUCUUUUGAUGUCGAUACCCCUGAACAUCAGCCCUGCAGUUCUCUCUGCAGCCCUGCGAAAAGGCAGAAGCUGGAUAAAAAGCCGCCUCCCGUGGUAAAUCUGGCGAAGAAAGUUCUGAAGGAAACAGUGGAGAACUGGGCAGAUGAUCCGGAGGAUGAUGUUCUUAAAGGACUGUUGCCAGCAUUCAUCAGGAACUCUGUUCUCUCCAAGAAGCCACCUUCGGGUAGCUUGCUGGAUCCACACAGGAAUGUGGGCACUGUGAGGACGGGUUAUGAUGGCAUGGGAGGCAGAACAAAGUUCAUACAGCCUACAAACCUGGCAGAAAUCCGUCCACUGGCAGUGAGGAGCAAGAAGAAAGUCUCAAGGCCGGCAUCUGCAGCUCCUUCCACAUCUUCCUCCAGCAGCAGCCAAGCCAGACUGGACAGUUUCCUGCAGUGA